CGUUCCCGUGCUUAUUCGGCUAUUUCCGGUUCCGCUCGGGGGAUUCCGGCUCCGCUCGGCCUCCGGGGAAGCCGCCGCAGCCACAGAAGCCUUUGCGGGAUGGAAGAACCACAGAGGGUGCAGGAUGUGGUCGCCCCUGGUCCUGACCUCCCAAGAGACCCUGGCCCCGAGGAGACAAUCCAAAGCCUGCAGGCCCAGUUGGCGGCUGCGUUGGCAGAAGUGGAGACCGUCCGAGCUGUGGCCGCCGUGAGCGAAGGCACGAAACACGAGGCUGUGGAGGGCGUCCGGCGCCGGUGCCAGGAGGAGGUGGCUUCGUUGCAGACCAUCUUGAAAGACACCAUCUCCAGCUAUGAAGCUCGCCUCUCGGCUGUGGAGCGGGACAGCCGGGAGAAUGCUUGGAGCCGUUUGCUGCCGAGGACCAACCCCCUGGACUCGUUGGAGAAACAGAUGGAAAAGGCGCAAGAGGACACUCAGCGGCUCCGGGCCAUUGUGCUGCCAAUGGAGCAAGAGAUUGCGGAGCUGAAGGCCAAGCUGGCACAUGCUGAGGGACUGGUUCAGGAGCUUCAGGGUGAGCAGCGUUCCUUAUGUAGCUCAGCCGAAUCCCUGCUUGCUGAUCCUGAGGCUGUGCCCUCCGAUGCGCCUGGAGAUGACCAUGUUACUCUGGGGGAAGGAGGAGUGGCUGAGAAAUUUGCCCGUAGCCUUGACAGUGUCUCCAUUGCCUCUUUUUCUUCCUUGGCACCAAGCCCCGGGCCUCCCGUCCGACGCAGACGCCCCCCGAGUCCCGAGACUGCAUCGAUUGCCUCCUCCACCGGAACCCUGGUGCCUGAGACCAUCUACUUACCGCCAGCUGGAUACCAGCUGGUACCUGAAUCGGAAUGGAUGCAGCUCCACGGACAGGUCCGGCAGCAGUGUGAGGCUCUGGAAGAAGCAGCACGGGAAAAGGCCAGCCUGGAGGAGGCACUGAGACGUAGCAAUGAUGAAUGCACCAAGCAGGUUCAGGUUCUUCUGACCCAGGUCCAGACCUCGGAGCGCCUUCUCCAGGGACUCCAAGCCACAGUGAGCGAAACCCAGCGCCAGACUCAGGAGCAGAUGGCUGACCUGGCCGCAUCCCACAAGCGCCUGAGCUACGAAGUGCAGCGUCUCAAUGCUGAGAAUGAAGGGCUGCGUGGUGGGGCCUGUUCCCAGGCUCCCUGCCCGACAGAAGAGGAGAACAGGCGCUUGCCUAGCACCAUCCCGGAGCUGCAGGCCUUGGUGCACCAGCUGAGACAACAGUCUGCUGCGCAGCUCCGGGCUGCCGAACACCAGGCUGAGCGCCUGCGAAUCGAGAUUGUGUCUCUGCGGGAGCGGCUGGAUGAGGAGGCAGCCUCUCAGUCGGGGCUGCAGGGGGCGCUGGAAAGAGAGCAAGAGGAAAGAGAGCUUUUGCAAGCCUCCCUAAAUAGUAUCCGGAGCGAGAUGGAGAGACUGCAGCAAGAGCAGGAAGAAAGGAAUAGAAGCCAGGCUCAGCCGGAUGCUCCCACUGUGGGAGAAGCCAGCAGUCUUCAGGAUAGGUCUGAACCUUAGACUUGAGGAUGGGAUGGGGAGGUCAGGCCUGCCCUUCCUCCCCUCCCCGGCACCACGGGAACCUCAGGGAAAUGAUGACCUGCCAGGCACCAAAGGGGUCAUCUCUGUCCUCCAGAGCCUUUCCAGGCCCCCUCUCCGCAUGGGAUAGGAGAACAAGAACUCUGGAGGAAGGAUGGCUGGAAUCUUCUGUUCCUCUCCCUGCCCCUGCAUCCUGACUGACACUGGAGCUUCCGGAGCACAAUAAAGGAGAUUUUUGUAUCUUU